ACAAUCUUUUCCGGAAUCCAGCGGUCUCAUGGCGCCGGAGCGGCGGCGGCUCUGGGACGGCGUGCUGGAGCUGACAGAGGCCGCGCAGGAUAGGGGCACCGACCCGCUGAUUUGGGUCUCGCGGUUGUCCUCCAGACUUGCGGCCGCCGGCGUCCCCACGCCGUCCGUCGAGGUGGCGGAGCUCCUCGUAUGCCACAUCUGCUGGUCGAACAAUACCCCAAUCGCGUGGAAGUUCCUCGAGAAGGCGCUAACCGCACGCAUCGUCCCGCCUCUGCUCGUUCUCGCUCUUCUUUUUAACAGGGUAAUAGCCAGUCGAAGGCGGUACCCGGUGGCUUAUAGAUUGUAUAUGGAUCUGCGGAGAUAUGCUCUUUCACUGCCAUCUCUGGUUAAUGGCCCCAAUCAUCAGAAGAUUAUGGAGUCCAUUGACGAUGUCCUUCAACUUCGCAAAAUCUUUGGACUUCAAUCCUCUGAACCAGGGCAUCUUCUUGUUGAAUUUAUAUUUUUAAUUGUAUGGGAGCUAAUUGAUGCAGCACUUGAAGAUGAAGGUCUAUUGGAACACACCAUCGGAAAGAAAUCAAGGUGGCCAAUCAAAAGUCAAGACCUGGAAAUAGACUGCCUUGUUGAUAUUGAAGGGAAAAAAAAUGGAAUGUCAGGCAGCAUGGAUUAAGAUGAAUACAGUCAUGGCUAUUGAAAUAAUUGGUGAUUUUUUUCGGAAUAAAGUGACCUCCCGGAUACUUUACUUGGCCCGUCAUAAUAUACUGCUGAGUGCACGUUCAACAUCUUUAAGGAAUUCAAAGAGUAUCUCUCCAGAGGCACUUCUGCGGUUGACAUCCGAUACCUGGCGAGUUCUUUCUCGUACGUGCAAACUGAGCAUAAUAUCAACUCCAAUGUCAUCUAGUGGCAAAUGUAAUGGUACUGUUAAUUCAUCACUUUGGCUUCCGAUCGAUCUGUAUUUAGAAGACAUGAUAGAUGGAUCAAUGGAGAAGAAUCUAAUUGAGGGUCCUGAUCCUCGGAUUGAGAUUGGUUUAAGCCUGCUAUUGUCCAUUUCACCACUUUUCAUUGUUAAUAUUAUUAAAGAAGAGGAAAUUACGUUGAGUAGUAAUGGUGAAAAAAGCUCCACUAGUCAGAGAAAAUGUAAUGAGUCCGUGGGAAAGCGUCGUGAACACCUAGUUUCUAGCCUGAAGUUGUUGGGUGAUUUUGAAGAGUUGUUGACUCCCCCAUCACGUAUAAAUACCUUGGCUAACCAAGCCGCCAUGAAAGCAAUGAUGUUCCUCUCAGGUGUCUCCACUGAUAAUGAGCACCUUAAUGAGAUGAUGUUGAACGACGUUCCUAACAAUUGUUCUGGAAACCUCCGCCAUCUGAUUGUUGAAUCUUGCAUAGCUAGAAAUAUCUUGGACACGUCCGCGUAUACUUGGCCAGGAUAUGUAAAAAGUCGCUGCAAUCAACAUCCUCAACAUAUUUCUGGGCAAAUUCCUGGAUGGUCAUCAUUAAUGAGCGGUUCUCCUUUAACCCCUCCAUUGAUCAGUGCAUUGGCAUCAACUCCAGCUACAAGUUUAGCAGAGAUAGAGAGGAUACACGAGAUUGCUGUUGGUGGUACAGAUGACGAGAAGAUUGCUGCGGCUACAAUAUUAUCUGGGGCUUCCCUUGGUCGUGCUCCACCCCCAAAACUGACCGACCGCUUUUCAGCUCUCCCUCUGACCUGACCGCUGUUUGAAAAUUGAACACAACACACACGCACACACAGUGGCGGUGUAGCCGGCGAUUUUUCCCCCCAAAUUCUGCGACCCGAGGGUUUCUGCGCCCGCCGGAAUUCAUCUCCAGCCGAGGGUUACAAUUUUUUGGAUUCGGAGGGAUCACAUGGCGGUCGAGGCGGCGAAGCAGCAGCGUCUGUGGGACGGCGUGGUGGAGAUGACCAAGGCCGCGCAGGAGACGGGCACCGACCCCCUGAUAUGGGCCACGCGUCUCUCGUCGAGUCUCAAUGCCGCCGGCGUCUCCAUGCCGUCCGUUGAGGUGGCGGAGCUGCUCGUUUCUCACAUCUGCUGGUCGAACAACACCCCAAUCGCGUGGAAGUUCCUCGAGAAGGCUCUCACCGUUCGUAUCAUACCACCUCUGUUCGUUCUCGCCCUUCUCUCGGCCAGGGCAAUACCAAGUCGAAGAAAGUAUCCCGUAGCUUACAGAUUGUAUAUGGAGCUUCUCAGGAGAUAUGCUUUUUCACUGCCAUCUUUGAUUAGUGGUCCCAAUUAUCACAAGACUAUGGAAUCCAUUAACAAUGUGCUCCAUCUUCGUCAAAUAUUCGGAGUUCAGUCCUCUGGACCUGGGCAUAUUGUUGUUGAAUUUAUAUUUUCAAUUGUAUGGAAACUACUUGAUGCAUCACUUGAUGAUGAUGGCCUGUUAGAGCUCGCCUUUGAAAAGAAAUCAAGGUGGCCAAUCAAGAGUCAAGACAUGGAAAUAGACUGUAUUGAUGGAUUUGAAGGGAAAAGUUUGGAACAUCAAGCAGCACUGAGUAAGAUGAAUACUGUAAUGGCUAUUGAAAUAAUUGCUGAGUUUUUUCAGAACAAGGUGGCUUGCCGGAUACUUUACUUGGCCAGGCGUAACAUGCCAACUCAUUGGGAUUGCUUCAUUCAUCAUUUAAAACUACUGACCACAAGUUCUGCAUCUUUAAGGAACUCAAAGAAUACCUCUCCAGAAGCACUUCAGCAGUUGACAUCAGAUAAACGGAGACUUCUGUCUCGUGCGUGUAAAAUGAGCCUAGUUGCUACCACUCCUGUAUCAGCUAGUGGUAAAUGUAAUGGUACUGUUCGCUCGGCUCUCUGGCUUCCUAUAGAUCUAUAUUUAGAAGAUAUGAUGGAUGGAUCAGAAGUGAGAGCUACCAGUGCUGCUGAAACUUUAACUGGUCUAGUGAAGUCUCUCCAGGCUGUAAAUCAAACCACUUGGCAGGAUACAUUUCUUGGUUUGUGGACUGCAGCUUUACGUCUUGUUCAGAGGGAGAGGAAUUCAAUUGAGGGUCCUGUUCCACGCACAGAUACUUGUUUAUGCUUGCUAUUGUCCAUUACAACUCUUGCUGUGGUUAAUAUUGUUGAAGAGGAGGAGAUCAUGUUAAGUGGCGAGGCCGAACAAAGCUCCAUUGGUCAGAGAAAACAUACUGAAUUCGUGGGAAAACGUCGUGAAGACUUAGUUUCCAGCCUCCAGCAGUUGGCUGAUUUUGAAACAUUAUUGACUCCCCCACAAGUUGUAAGCCCAUUGGCUAAUCAAGCUGCUUUAAAAGCGAUGAUGUUCCUUUCUGGUGUCUCUGUGGGGAGUGGGCUUCUUAAUGGAAUGAGUUUGAAUGACAUGCCCCCGAAUUGUUCGGGAAACCUUCGGCAUCUGAUUGUCGAGGCAUGCAUUGCUAGAAAUGUUCUGGACACGUCAGCAUAUAGGUGGCCUGGGUAUGUAAAAGGUCGCUGCAAUCAAAUACCUCGAAACAUUUCCGGGCAAAUGCCUGAUUGGUCAUCAUUAAUGGAAGGGUCGCCUUUAACUCCUCCCAUGAUCAGUGCAUUGGUAUCAACUCCAGCUACUAGCUUAGCAGAAAUAGAGAGGGUAUACGAGAUUGCUGUCAGUGGAUCGGAUGAGGAGAAGAUUUCUGCUGCUACGAUAUUUUGUGGGGCGUCUCUUUUUCGUGGGUGGACUAUACAGGAACAUAUACUCCACAUGAUAAUGAAAUUGCUUUCACCGGCUGUUCCUACAAAUUUUUCUGGAAUUGAGAGUCACUUGAUAGGUUGUGCUCCAUUUUUGAAUGUUCUUCUUGUCGGGAUAUCAUCUAUCGACUGUGUUCAGAUAUUUUCCUUGCACGGUUUGAAAUAGAAUGUAGCAUGGAUUCAAACCAUGCGAUCAAGAACAAUUAUGAGCUAGAGGACAUCAUCAUUGGGGGAAAGAAAGAGCAAACGAUAAAGUUCUAUGCGUGAUACACUUAAACUCCUUUUGUUCCAGGUUCCUCAACUUGCAGCUGCAUUGAUGCCAAUCUGUGAGGUUUUCGGUUCCUGUGCACGCAAUAUGUCGUGGACAGUUAACGGGGAGGAGCUUGCUUCUUAUGCUGUAUUUUCAAAUGCAUUUACUCUGCUGCUGAAACUAUGGAGAUUUGAUCACCCACCGUUGGAACAUGUAAUGGGAGACGGUGCUCCAGUGGGAUCUCAUUUAACUCUAGACUUCCUCCUAUUGGUACACAAUUCCCAGCUAGCUUCUCAUGAAAAUCUAAGAAAAAAUCAAAAUAAAUCUAAUAAAUGGUCAAGAUUGUCAUAUCCAUCUUCGAGGGGCCCCGUAUUCAUGGAUUCAUUCCCGAAGCUCAAACAUUGGUACAGAAAGCAUCAAGAAUGCAUUGGUGCUAUUCUUUCCAGUCUGGUACCUGGAAACACGAUCCAUCAGAUUGUUGAGGCACUUCUUAGCAUGAUGUUUAGAAGAAUUAACAGAGGAGGUCAAACUUUGACUCCUACGACUUCAGGAAGCAGCAGCUCAUCUGUAUCUGGCCCUGAUGAAUCCUUUCACCGCCUUAACUUUCCUGCCUGGGACAUACUCGAGGCUAUUCCAUUUGUUCUUGAUGCUGCCCUCACUGCCUGUGCCCAUGGGAGACUAUCCCCGCGUGAAUUGAUUACAGGACUCAAAGAUCUUGCUGAUUUUAUUCCUGCUUCCUUGGCGACCAUGAUAAGUUACUUUUCAGCAGAAGUGAGUAGGGGUAUUUGGAAGCAUGCUUCUAUGAACGGGACCGACUGGCCAAGCCCUGCUGCAAAUCUAUCCAUGGUUGAAGAACAGAUAAAGAAUAUCCUUGCUGCCACUGGUGUCAAUGUCCCAUGUCUUCCUGUAGGCGCAAGCUCUCACGUGACCCUCCCUCUCCCUCUCGCCGCCCUCAUCAGCUUCACAAUAACAUACAAGCUCGACCGUCUCAACGACCGCCGCUACCUAUCCUUAAUGGGCCCGGCCCUUAACCACCUCGGCGUGGGCUGCCCUUGGCCCAGCAUGCCCAUCAUCUCCGCCCUCUGGUCCCAAAAGGUCAAACGCUGGUCCGACUUCCUCAUCUACGGUGCCUCCCAAACCAUCUUCCACCACAACCACGACUCCAUCGUCCAGCUCCUCCGCGCCUGCUUCUCCUCCGCCCUCGGCCUCCCUUCCUCCCCCGGCGGCGUCGGCCCCCUCCUCGGCCACGGCUUCGGGUCCCACUCCUCCGCGGUCGCCCCCGGCACUCUCUACCUGCGAGUCCACCGAGCCGUGAGGAGCGUCAUCCUCAUGACCGAGCAGAUGGUUCGUCUCCUCAUGCAGACCGUCGAGGAAAUCUCGGAGAGCGCGCAGAAGCUGAGGAAGACUCGGCACGGGUCGAGGUACGGACAGGUGUCGCUCUCCGGCGCGAUGGACCGAGUCAAAAUCGCGGCCUCGCUCGGGGCCUCGCUGAUCUGGACGACCGGCGGGGUGAACUCGGUUCUCGCCGUGUUUAAAGAGAUUCUCCCGUCGUGGUUUGUUUCGGGCCCGUCGGGGGCCCGGCGUCCGGUGACGGCGGUUUUAGGGGGAUAC